UCUUUUGUUAUAUAUGCUGUGAGACCAACAGCAGAAGAUCCUUUACCUGAAGUGUAUUGGCUGCGAGGCAAAGUCCUGGAAGCUCUGCGAGGAGUGCCUUCUCCCCUUGCAGGAGUGGCUCUUGUGCGAGGGGUGCCUUCUCCCCUUGCAGGAGUGGCUCUUGUGCGAGGGGUGCCUUCUCCUCUUGCAGGAGUGGCUCUUGUGCGAGGGAUACUGUUAACAUCUAAAACUUUCAGUUCACAAGUAUUUUGUUUAAAAGAUGCGACAAAGGAAAAUCGAGCAUCAUUUGAUUUUCAUUGGCUGUUCACUCGCUUCAAAGGUCUGAAAACAACUUACAGGGGAUGGUUUGUGGAUAUUGGUCCUGUUGUUGGGGCUUCUGACAAAGUUUGGACUAUUUCACUGAAUGAAGAAGCAGAGAAGACACCAAUUCUCUUACUUCAUGGUUUUGGUCGUAGUUCACGUCCUGCUUUUAGUUCAAAUGCUACAGAAGCUGAGACUCAAUUGGUUAAAUCUGUUGAAGAAUGGAGAAGAGAAAUGAACUUGGACAAAUUUAUUCUUUUGGGACAUAGUAUGGGAGGCUUCUUAGCUGCAUCUUAUGCUAUACAACAUCCAGAAAGGGUUAAGCAUCUCAUCCUUGCAGAUCCUUGGGGAUUUCCUGAGAAACCUGAAAACGUCAAUCAGAAAUACAAUGUUCCAUUGUGGCUUCGAGCUGUAGCGUAUGUAAUUCAGCCUUUUAAUCCAUUGUGGCCUGUUCGACUGGCUGGUCCAUUUGGUCAGCGAUUAAUUGAAAGGAUGCGACCAGAUAUUGUCAGAAAGUUUUCGCAUGUUGUUGAUGAUGUUUCUGUUAUACCAGAGUACAUAUAUCAGUGCAAUUCUCAAACUCCAUCUGGUGAAUCUGCAUUUCGUGCUAUGAUGUCUGGUUUUGGUUGGGCCAAGAAUCCAAUGUUGCACAGAAUAGAUCGUUUGCAUGAAGAUAUACCUAUGACUAUCUUAUAUGGCUCACGAUCAUGGGUUGAAAAUGAUUCUGGUGAUGUCAUCCGUGAGAAGCGAAGCAAAUCAUAUGUAAAUGUUCAAAUAAUUUCAGGAGCUGGUCAUCAUGUUUAUGCUGACAAGGCUGAGGUAUUUAAUACUCAUGUCAUGAGAGCGUGUACUCUCACUGAUGAACUUGGAAAACCUAAAAUUUUGCCUUCACCAGAGCAAUUAGCCCUACCUUCUACAGAUGAUAGCGCUGAUGACCCAACACUUCCAAGCAGGUCUAAGUGAAAAGAAAGCAUUUAAUUCUGGUUUGACCUGUUCAUUAUCAUCUACAUAUCCAAACGUUCUGAUGCAGAAUUUAUACCUGUCAGUAUUACAAUUUACUUUCAGUCCUCGUGUACAUCAUUUCCCUGUGUAUUUGUAUGAAGGGGCUGAUCAGCUUCUACUCAAAGAAAGAUACUUCACGGUUUGCUUUAAAACCUCAAGUAGAUUUUCUUUUAUAGUCUUGUGGGUGUUAUCCAUUUCAACUGAAACUGCAUGAGAUAGCAAUAUGAUAGCAUUUGGUACAGUUAUGCGAGUUUGAAAGUGUAAAAAUUGCAUUCACUGUGCUUUGUCCUUGUAUUUGUAAUAAGUACAUCAGGUUUUAUCUUAUUGAUAUUUUAACCCUUAAAGUGUUAGUCACAGUAAAUUUAAGACACUGAGACUGUUAUUUGAAUUCACCUAUACCUUAAUGAAAAUAAUAAGUAGGGAUUGGAUUUACAAGCAUUAAUAAUCUAUGGAAUAUGUUUGCAUUUAUGCUAUAAAAAAACUUUGAAAGGGUGCACUGAAUUUGCGCUAAAAACUGCGCUCGAUGAAAUAUCUAAGAGUUGCAACAGUACUACUAUUAGUUUUCACAAUGGAAUGUUUUGGCACUUCGAAGUACAUUUAACAAUUAAUAUUAGAACCAUGCUGGAAUAGAAUUCCAAGAUCCUUGUGCCUUGUUUCUAAAAACACCCAUUACAAAAUUUAAUAAAAAAAUUUAUAAAAAUGAAUAUAGUAUGUAAAUAUGAGAAAUAAUGAAAGUUUUCAAGCAAAAUAUGCCUAGUAAUUAGCAAUUUGCUGAAAUGUGAUGCUUUUUAAAAAAUAUGCAAGGCAUGAAUCAUAAAAUCAUGUUUAAAUAAUUGGAAAUUAGGCAUAUCAUGCCUAUACAAAUUAAGCAUACUUCCGGAUUACAGAAGGAAAAAUAGUAUGUAUUUGCAUUGAAAUCCUGUCCCUACUAAUAAAACAGAGGUCACCAAUAGUCCAUAAUACAAAUGUGUUGGAUUAAAGUUUUCAAGAGGCACCAGGAUGAUUUAGAAUAAAUGGGUGAUAAUUGUUUGUGCCUCUAACAAAAUGUUACUCUAAAUAUAUCUUCAGGGGUUAAUGGAGUUUCUAAUGAGCAAUAAUAAACAUAACUGUAUCAUUUGAACUAUAGGCAUAUGUUUAAUACACAUUGUUAUAAUUGUAUAGGAAUGUGAUUUUAUCCAGGGAUAUUUUUGUGUUGUGAAAACGCAUGAAAUCAAAAAAUACCAAUAACACUAGAAAACUCAGCUUACCAGUAAGAAAAGCAAGAGUCAAUUGCACUCCAAACCUUCAAAGGUACUUCAUAACAGUGAUAUUACAAAAAUGUUAAUGCACAUCACAGUUCUGAAUUUGAAAAUUUUCAGCCUUAAAUUUCAUGAAAUGUAAUCUGUAGAACAUUUGCUAUGUUCUCCUAGAUAUUCUAGGUAAAUUUGUUUAUUUUUCAUGAAAAUAUAUCUUUUAGGUGCUUCAGUUUUAACACACUAUAAAUGAAAUGAAAAGAUGUGAAAUUGCAAACUCGUAACUAAAAAAAAAAGUGUAAAGUUUAAAGGAGAGUGUGUGAGGAGUUGAAAUGAUGUCACUGGGUGUUCUAGUGUUCAAGAAUGGUGCUGGAAUUUUAUUGUCUUUUUCUAGCGUAUUAAUUGUUGUAAUUAAAAAGUAGGCCUAUAGUGGAAUUUCUUUCAUUAUUCUUGGUUGUGUUGCAGUUGUAUUUGGAUGUAUAUUUUUUGUAAUUGCUAUUUUUUUUCGUGGUUGAAUUUAUUUUAUAUAAUUUAUCUCUACCUUUGUUUCUUUUUUUUAAAAAAAAGCUAUUUUUCUUAUCUCGUGACAUUAACAUUGUUCAUUAUAAAUAUUUAUUUAAAAGUUUUGACAAGCCAAUAAGUCUUAUUUAUAUACAAUAGUAGCUUGUUUAAUUUAAUUUAGAUAAUGAAAAUGAUGCAUUACUAGCGUAUGCACAAUAUUCCAAGUGUAAUAUUAUUAUUGAAUUUGACUUCAAAAGUUGCAUAAAAGUAUCUGUGUGUAAAAUACAAAAGUAUCUGCUCUUAACACAUUUGACAGCUAAAUGCAGUUUCUUAGUUAAGAAAUUAUCUUCUUACUGCUUUCAGGGGUAAGGGGGAUUGUGACUUGAACCUCACUUCUCCUUCCCCUUCCCCACAUACACCCAGAUUUUUUCCAUUUUACUGCAUUAAUUCAAUAUAAAUCCAAAGAAAUAUUACCCAUAAUGAAUAUUUUUUCUCUAUUUCAAACAAAUAAAUUAAAAAAUGAAAUUCAUCAGCUGGGGAUUUCAUUCUCAAAUAGCCCUCAUAACCCACUCCAGCCCUUAAAUACUUUUGGAUCCCUUAACUGCCUCUGGGAUCAUGAAUGUCUAUUAAUGAAAUUAAGUAUCCAAUUAUGUGAUAAAAGAAAAGGAAAGUGUGAAUAUGAAGGAUUCUGUUUCUGUGAUUAAGUUCUCUGAGAGUUUGAAAAAAUGUUCUAAAUGUUUAUAUUAUUUAAAAAGAUGUAUUGAAAUGUGAGUGGCAUAAGUCUUGAUGAAAUGCACAAAAGUAUUUGAAAAAUUAUAUAAAAAAUUGACAUGAAAUGUAUUCAAAUUCCUAGGGAAAAUGAUUGUUGUAAAGGUAGCAAAUGUCAUUGCAGUGACACUAUGCACAAUUAGUUGGCCUUAUAGGUUAAAAUAUUAUAUUGGAUAUUAAAUAAGAAAAUAUUAAAUUCAAUAUACUGUGGACAUGUGUAAUUUUCUCUGAGGAGAACACUCAGAAUUAUCAUAUAUUAUUCAACAAGUUAAUAUUUUUUCCUGCAAGGUCAUACGUUAAAACAUUUUGCAAUUAUUUCAUGUAUAAUUUUAGUGUUUAUUUUAUGUAGUACCUACAUUUUGUGAUAUCAGUGUAAUGAUGAAUUUGUUUUUGAUAUAUUUCUUCGUAGCAAAUUUCUGUGGAAGUUCUGGAGUCUGAUUUUAAAAACAUGAUGUGAUACAACAACAUGUUAUGGUACAAAUAAUUCAGUUCUAUGCAUCUUCCAUAGAAAGUCCCGUGGAGGGAAAAUGAGUGAUAGAGAAGAUUUUGGAAAUGUGCAUUCUUGCUGGGCGAGAAUGGGCUGAGAAAACUAUAUGAAUCUACGGCAUUUAAUGACUUCUGUAUAAUAAUGUAAUGUGCCUUCAAAAACUUUAUGGUAUACCUAUUAGAUUGUUAAUAAAUGUGUUAUUUUAGAAAGAUUAUGUUGGCUGUCAAGUUACCUAUUGCAUUUUUGUCAAUAUUCCUAUUGUUUUGCUUUGUGCAUGGAAAUUUGACCAUCUUUUUCAGGGGAUUGUAUCAGAAAGUUUUAAGGGGAAAAUAAUUUAAAUAGGAGGCAAGGUAAAAAGGUAUGAAUAAAAAAACAUCUGGAAAUUGAAUUUUUGAUAAAUGUUGUCAAUUCUAAUAUUUUCAUUUUUAUUGGGAGGGUCCGAGGGGAAAGCGCUUUCCGUCCAAGAAAAUUUGGAAUUAAAGUUUGUAUACUUUUAUUUAGCUUUGUACCAUUUCUUUGAACCAUGUAAAAAAGAUAGCAACACAAAAGCUUGAAGCCAGUUGUAAUAAAAGAAGAGAGCCACUGCACAAGACAGAACAAUACUUUGUCAUAUCAUGCACUUGGAUGAACUGUUUGGGUUUGGUGAAUGUAAUGCUGAUGUCAUGACAUCACAUAUACUUUGUUUAGUCUGAAACAAAUUUGUUGAUGGGACUGAAAACACUCUUCCCCUUGACUCAUAAUUUUUAUGAUACUUGAAAUUUAAACACAGCAGCAUCGUAGUGACAGGGAGUGGAGAGAGCUGGACACUCAAGGUGACACUGUAGGGAAGGUUUCACCCAAAACACAGUGUGCAUAUGUUAAUAUUUUAUUUUAAAACCUGAAAAUAAUUAAAAUAUGAAUAUUACUUUAUUACCUCAAAAUUAGAAUUGUAAGAUACAACAAAAUCAUCCAGAAUGUAGAAAUUAUUCAUAUCACAUUUACCUUCAUAUGAGAUUACUCUGUAAUUUAAAGAGGCCUUUGAGAUUUUUAAACUUUUAAUUCUUAACGUUCAGUCAAACUGACUUAUUGUCUAAAUGAUUAAAACAUUAUCUUGUUGAUGUGAGCUAAGGUUAAUUCUCUUUGUGUGAGCUAUCACUAUUUUCGUGUUAUUUUAAAAUCGUCAUAGGUUUUGUCACUACUAUCUUUUUCUUCACAUAUAUCAUUGUUUCAGGUUCUCCU